ACCCAGGCUUUUUUUCGGAGUUUUCCUCCCACUGAGCUCCCCGAUAUGAAACUCAGGGCUGUCGUCGUGAUCCUGGGCUUCCUGGCCGGCGCCUCGUGCGCCCGUCUGAAGCCCAACGUCACCCUGCUGCCCUGCGAGUCCCCAGAGGCCCAGGCGGCUUCUCAGCUGGCUCUGGACUUCAUCAACGGCCAGAACACGCAUGGCUACAAGUACGCGCUGAACCAGAUCGAGGAAUUCCAGCUCAUCACGAAGCCUGACGGAACUGAGGUCUAUCUCCUGGAGCUGGAGUUCUACGAGACCAAGUGCCACGUCCUCGACCCCACGCCCCUACCUCAGUGCAAAGUCCGACCCAAGAUCGAAACGGCGAUCGAGGCCGACUGCGAUGUAGCGCUGACUAAAGCGGGCGACCUGUUUUUAGUCGCUGCGUUCAAGUGCAAAACAGAAACAGAAAAAGACCGUUGCGUAGGUUGUCCUCGUCUCAGACCAUUAAAUGACACCAAUGGUGCUCACCUGGUCCAAGCCUCGCUGGACCACUUCAAUAAAAACCACAGUCUCAACGCUGCCUUCGUGCUCCUCGAGGUCGGCCGAGUGUCGUCUCAGGUUGUGUCCGGUGGGGCCAAAUACAAAGCUGAAUACGCCAUCAUUGAAACAAACUGUACCAGCUCAGCUAAUGACAUUUGUGCUCCUCUGAACCACACAGUCGCCCGUCAUGGGUUCUGCCACACUGAAGGAUCUGGUGCUUAUAUGAAAGUUGGCUGUGAUAUCUUCGUUCCUCCUCCUCCCCCUGUGGACCCAGUCACCAACGCUACCCUUCCUGCUCCCCCUACGGUUCUCCUCCACGCUCACACCGGCGGUCCGGGAUUCACACCGGAAAUCCACAGUCUGACACACCACAAGCUCACAGCAUUCCACGACCCGAACGCCAUCAGCGUCCUGUCGGAGUCCGAUUCAUUUGAGGCAGCGUCCAUCGUGAAGAGGGAAGUGGUGGCAGACGCACCACCGGCGGUGUCACAGACGGCCGGGAAACAACUUCUGGUUGCUAUAUGUCCAGCAAAAAAGAUCCACUUUUAGGUUCCCUCUUUUAUUCUAACCCCCUUAUAUGAUUAUAUAUAACGGACAUUUAGAUAUACGAGGUCACAAGGUUCGGUCGAGUCGUGUUCUCGAGCCCACGUCGUCAUACAAUCCUGCAUGCCAGAGCAACACGCGUUUUAAACAGUGCUAAAAUUACAGAACGUAUUUGUACGCUGUUUAUUUUGACCUAGUAUAUUUUAACAUAAUAAAUGUCCAUCAAUCUGA